UUCUCCACGCUUCGCCAUGACGAACAAAUGACCGCGCGGGGAAUGAGAUUGAAGUUCCAGCGAGGCGAGCGCGUUCUCUGCUUCGAGCCCGACCCCACCAAGGCCCAAGUGCUCUAUGAUGCCAAGAUUGUUGAUAUUGUUGUUGGAAAAGAUGAGAAGGGCAGAAAGAUUCCAGAAUAUCUGAUCCAUUUUAAUGGUUGGAACAGAAGCUGGGAUAGAUGGGCAGCUGAAGAUCAUGUUCUUCGUGAUACAGACGAAAACCGCAGAUUACAACGUAAAUUGGCAAGAAAAGCUGUAGCUCGCAUGAGAAGAAAGGGAAGGAAGAAGAGACGUUGUCGGCUGCCUGGUGUUGACUCUGUGUUAAAAAGCCUUCCUGCUGAGGAAAACGAUGAGAGCAGUGAAAAUUCUAUAAGUAGUUCUUCUGAUGACAGUGAUGAAGGAACCGAUGAAGAAAUAAAAAGUGAAGAAAGUGACAUUGAAGAGAGGACAGACAUGAAAGAAGAACAAGAGAUUCACACUAAAAGGGAUAUGGAAGAAAGAGCAAUAAGCAUAGAAAUUCCUGAAGUUUUGAAAAAAAAGCUUGAAGAAGACUGUUAUUAUAUUAACAGGAGAAAACGGCUAGUGAAACUGCCUUGUCAGAGAAAUAUAAUAACUAUCUUGGAGUCGUAUGUGAAGAAUUUUGCCAUUAAUGCAGCGUUUUCAGCUAAUGAAAGAUCUCGGCACCAUCAAAUGACUUCACAUGUCAACAUGAACCUUCAUUAUGUCCCACCAGAAAAGAAUGUUGAGUUAUGUAAAGAAAUGGUGGAUGGACUGAGGAUAACCUUUGACUUCAUUCUUCCAUUGAUCUUGCUCUAUCCCUAUGAGCAAGCACAGUUUAAGAAGGUGACUUCAUCCAAAUUCUUUCUUCCAAUCAAAGAAAAUGCAGCAAACACUAACAGAAAUCAGGAGGAGCUAUCCCCGAGUCCACCUCUGCUGAAUCCACCAACUCCUCAAUCCACAGACAGUCAGCCUACAACAGGCGAGCCAGCAACACCCAAGAGGCGAAAAGCUGAGCCUGAAAUACUACAGUCUCUGAGGCGUUCUACACGUCAUACAUCGAACUGUGACAGGUUGUCAGAAAGUAGUGCAUCUCCACAACCUAAACGACGGCAUCUCGAUACGCCUGCUUCAAUGCCAAAACUGUUUUUGCAUCUGGAAAAGAAAACGCCGGUCCAUAGUGGGUCGUCAUCACCUAUCACUCUGACUCCUAGCAAAGAAGGGAGUGCAGUAUUUGCUGGCUUUGAAGGUAGAAGAAAUAACGAAUUCAGUGAGGUGUUGUCUUGGAAACUGAUGCCAGAGAACUAUCCCCAAAGCGAUCAGCCACCUCCUCCCUCUUACAUCUAUGGAUCUCAGCAUUUGCUACGGAUGUUUGUUAAACUUCCAGAGAUACUGGGGAAGAUGUGCUUUCCUGACAAAAAUCUAAAAGCUUUGGUAAAGCAUUUUGAACUGUUCUUGAGGUUUCUAGCAGAAUACCAUGAUGACUUCUUCCCAGAGUCUGCUUAUGUAGCUGCAUGUGAGGCUUACUAUAGCACCAAGAAUCCUCGGGCAAUCUACUGAAGCUUUUAGUGAACAAUAAAUCCUGCUGUACAUAGCCCAUGGUUGUUGCUGCUUUGCCACAUAGCUACGAGAUGAAGAUGAAAUGGAAUUUGUAUGGCCUUUUUCAGAUAGGAAAAAGGGAGUCGCGUCUAUGACUACUGGAUUCGUUAGCAGAGAUGGACCACUUCUUGUUUUAGAGCCAUGCAAAGAUUGCAUUCUGAAUUUCUCCAAGUGUUGCAUGUAAGCUGCACUUCUAGAAGAAGCCCUGCACUGACUUCUAAUGCAUAGGACUGCAUAUAGUUCUUAUUAAGAAGUGUGUGUGGGGGGGGAAGCAGGUGCAUUAGCAGUGGGACGCUUUCAUGAAAACAAAUACCUCAUGCUGUCUUUCAUUUUAACAUGAACUGUUUUCAGCAUGAAAAGUUAAACUGGCUUCACUCUCGUGUAAGGAGAAUGCAUAACUGGCAUCCUGUGGAUUUCGUUUCA